AUCAAACCUGUAUUGGCAAGGCCACUCCUCCUAGCGAGUCUCAGCACAUGCUUCCCCGGCGCUUGGCUCAUUAGGUUCCAAGUCUGUGUGCGCGUGCGUGUGCCUGUACUCGUCCAUGUGUGUGCGUAUAUAUGUGUGUGUGUGUGUGUGUGUGUGCCUGGUCAUUCACGGAUCAUGGGGGCUGUUUUCGGCACACACACGAUGAUGACGCCUGUGCUCAGCACCCACGUUACGGAACUACUUUACGGCACGGCCUUGCGGAGCUCACUGCACCAAGAGGGGCUCAUGUGGAACGCACCAUCACCUCUUCUCACUCUUUUCCACUCCAGGCAAGCUUAAUCGAGUCAAAUCCAUUCCAUUCAUUCAUUCAAUCAUUAUUACAAGCUCGUCUGCCUCAGACUCGUCGUCAUUCGGGACCAGCUAAUCUAUCAGAGUGCACAGGCUUUUCCUCGUACCCUUCCUCAUCCUCACCCUCGCCCGCAUCACCCGUCCAGCCGAUCCCUUCCUCCGCAUCGAAGCAGAGUUUGCUCAAAGAAAGAGACAUUAGGUAUGAGUCCUUCACGCUUCGAGACAAUCGUUGAGAUUCGUGAAGACUGAAUACCCCUUCACGCCCAUAUCCCGUCGCUUCAUCAUAACCUUCAUCAUGACCGUCGUGAUAAGGUGGAGAACAAAAAAAAACACAAACACAAGGAAAUAAAGCACCACAGCGUCU